CUUCCUCCUCGCGCUGCCACCCCCACCGCCAUUGGAGCGACACGCGCCACCUCCGAGAAGAGAGAGAGAGAGAGAUUGAUGGGGGCUGCGGGGACGAUGGAGAGGGAGCUCCUGGAGGCGUUCGAGGCGGUGAGGAAGGCCGCGGACGCGGUCGGGGAGGGGGAGUCGCCGGAGGCCGCCCGCUGCGUCGACGCGCUGCGGAGGCUGCGGGGCGCCCGCGUCACCACCGCCGCCCUCGUAUCCACGCAGGUGGGGAAACGUAUCCGCUAUCUCACCAAGCAUCCUCACUCAAGCAUAAAAUCAACAGCUUCAGACUUAUUAGGAUACUGGAAAAAGGUUGUUAUCGAAGAAGACAAGAAAAAUGGGUCUCCGCAGAAUGGAAAAUCAAGUUCUACUAUGGUAAAGAUUGAGAAGGUGGAGCCUAUGAAAAUUGUGAAGGCAUCACCAAGGGCUACUGUCAACAAAGAUAUGAAUGUCAGUGUUGUGAAGCACAAAGGUGGAAAGGUUGAGAAGUUUUCAAAUCCCGAGCUGAGAACCCUAUCUGUCAAGGUUGAGAAAGUACAGAAGGAAUCUCAGGAAGUAUCUUCUGUUGAGAACCCAUCUCCUGUCCAAAAUGGUCGUCCAAGAUUGACAUCCAUUGUUAAAUGUGGCGAUGCUAGUCGUGAUAGGUUUCGGGUGAUACUUGGUGAUGCCUUCUCCAGAGUUUCUGAAGAGACUAGAAAGGAUGACAGGGAGGAAGUGAUGAACAUGGUAGAUAAAGUAGAAGCAUGCGACCCUUUCAGGGUUGCCGUGACGGUGGAGUGUGCCUUGUUUCAGAAGCUGGGGAGUUUCAAUGGACCUAAUAAGCAAAGAUACAGAUCAUUGAUGUUCAAUCUGAAGGAUGAUAACAACACAGACUUCCGGAGAAGGGUUCUUCUUGGGCAAAUUGGGCCCGAGAGAUUUGCUGACCUAACUCCUGCAGAGAUGGCGAGCGACACAAGGAAGCUUGAGAACAAGAAGAUCCAGGAGAAGGCUCUGUUCGAGUGUGAGCGCGGGGGAGCCCCAAAGGCGACAACUGACCAGUUCAAGUGCGGCAGGUGUGGCCAGCGCAAGACUACCUACUAUCAGCUGCAGACGCGGAGCGCCGACGAGCCGAUGACGACGUUCGUGACCUGCGUGAACUGCAACAAUCACUGGAAGUUCUGCUGAGCUCUAGGUAGUACAGCCUGCUGAAAGUGUUGCUGUGUUAGUGUAGUGUUAAACCCUGGAGUUUGACAGGCAGGUUAGUUUCGGGCCCUGUUGUUUCCUUUUCUCCCUUAAGUUAGCUUGUUCCGAAUUCGAUUUGUUGGUAGUGCCAUGUGACCGUGUAAUGGCCGUCGGGCUUGCAUAUUUAUUUAGGCUUCCGUUGUACUAAUCAGUCUUGUUUAUUGUACCAAUUUGAUGCAAUAAUGGUCAUGUUCAUGAGCUGAAGUUUUACCCUUUC